AUUCGUGCGCGACCAAUGGGGAUGCAUUCCGGAAACCACAUGAACCAACAGUGCAAGGUCUGCGGCGAGCCGGCGGCCGGUUUUCAUUUCGGAGCGUUCACGUGCGAGGGUUGCAAGUCGUUCUUCGGCAGAACCUACAACAAUCUCGGCAGCAUAUCGGAAUGCAAGAACGGCGGAGUGUGCGUGAUCAACAAGAAGAACCGCACAGCCUGCAAGGCGUGUCGCCUUCGAAAAUGCCUGAUGGUAGGCAUGUCGAAGUCUGGCUCGAGGUACGGACGUCGUUCCAACUGGUUCAAGAUCCACUGCCUCCUUCAGGAGCAGACGAACGGUGGUCAGAACGUGGCUCCGGCAGCAGGCUCGCCGUUCGGUCCCGGCUUCCUUCCAGGAUUCCUGCCUCAGCCUCAAGGUCAGCAAGGUAGCGGAGUGUACAAGGACGGAAAGGAUCGUGCUUCACCUAGUCAGGAAGAUCUAGCCCUUCAGUCUCACCUGUUACACGUGGCAAUGCUGAAACAAGAGCGCGAAAGAGGUAACAAAUCUCCCCAUCCGGACGACGUGGCUCUUCAAAACCAGCUGCGCCUUCUAGCCUGGCAGAAAGAACGCGAGAGAGUGAGCGGUAAUCCUCAACAACCACCGGGAACACCGCCGAGAGACACGACACCGCCACCUUUCUACAAGCAACAGCAACCGCAGCAUCCGGGUUCCCCGAUGUUCGCUAUGAACUUCGCUCAAAAAGACGGCGUCUGCGUGCCGACCAGCCCCUCAGACGUCUUCCGACCAUUCCUCCCGACCUACAAGAGGGCAGCGGACACUCCGAGCGACAGCGGGGCGUCGUCCGUGGACGGUGGCGACGGCCACGACACCGAAUCCAGGAGCAACUCAGCGCUGAGCUACUUCAAGACCAGCGCCGCGUCGCCGACACUCUCCGAACGCGAGUUUCCACCGAGGAAGAUCAACGCUACGGUAACGCUCACGACAGGGUAUCAUCCUCAUCAGAAUCUAGGCUUGGUCUACUCUCCACCGGGUUUGGUAACACCUGCGGCGUCUCAACACUCGCCGAGAGGAGGAGAUCUGCUUUUGGUGAGUCCUAGUCCAGGUGGUCUGGCUGUGGAGCAAGACGAACCGAUCGAUCUUAGCGUUAGGUCGAGCAGAAGCUCUCCCAGACCUAGCCAAUCGUCGGAGGAGGACAACAGGUCGAACGACAACGUCUGUGAUCGCGACAGCCCGGCGAAAGAGGAAGCCACGACGAAGAGCAAGCCGUUGGAUCUGACGUUAGGAGUGAAGAGGCCGGAGUUGCCUAUGUCCUUGUGA